UUCAGGCUGCAUAAGUUUUUACAACACAUUCGUCAAGUUUCUUCCUGUUCCACACGACUUGCUCCCAACUCUCAACAGACCAGCUUCGGAGUUUCUUACGACAUUAAUUCUCCGCUCCAGCCCUGCUGGAUUGAGCGAGAGAAAAUGGCGGGGUCGUGGGCCGUCCUGGGCCGUGCUGUGGUGACGUUUCUGUUGUUUCUUCCUGUAUCCGUGAACUUGGAAGGACUCCUGGUUAGAAGAGAGAUCGACACGACUCACUACCAUGACUUUGUCGACAUGUCAGCACAGCUGCAAGACUAUGCUAACAGGUAUCCCCACAUCACACGGCUGUUCAGCAUAGGUCAAAGUGUGCAGGGUCGUGACCUCUGGGUCAUGCAGGUCACAGACAGACCUGACCAGACAGAACCGGGCGAGCCCCAGGUCAAGCUGGUCGGUAACAUGCACGGCAACGAGGCUAUCAGCAGAGAAGUCCUCAUCUUCCUCAUCCAGUAUCUGUGUGAGAAGUAUGGGCAGGAUGACCAGGUGACUCAACUUGUGGACACGACUAACAUCUUCAUCAUGCCCAGUAUGAACCCAGACGGCUUCGAGAGGGCGAAAGAGGGGCAAUGUGGCGGGACGCUCGGACGAGAGAACGCGAACGGCGUCGACUUGAAUCGAAACUUCCCCGACCAGUUCAGCUCUAAGAGUUACCUGGAUUCAAACUUCGAGCCGGAAACCGUGCAUAUGAUGAAGUGGGCACACAAGGGAGUGAAGGGUUUUGUGACGAGUUCAGACACAAACCAGGGGAUAGAGAAUGCCACCAUCACAGUGGUGGGUAUAGACCACAAUGUUACCACAGCCAGUCAUGGGGACUUCUGGAGACUGCUGGUACCUGGGACUUACACCAUCAUUGCCAGUGCACAGGGUAUAGGACAGUCAGUGGAGGCAAGAGACCUACUGGUGAUGGAGAUAUCAGACCAGCCGGGGUACACAUGUACAUGUAUGUACAGUAUAGGACAGUCAGUGGAGGGAAGAGAUCUACUGGUGAUGGAGAUAUCAGACCAGCCGGGGGUACAUGAACCAGGAGAAGCAGAGUUUAAGUACAUUGGGAACAUGCACGGUAACGAGGUUGUUGGGCGGGAGGUGCUGCUGCUGCUCAUCCAGCUGCUGUGUGAGAAUUAUGGGAAGGACGCUGACCUGACAGCACUGGUGGACAGCACCAGGAUCCACAUCCUGCCCUCCAUGAACCCUGAUGGGUACGAGAUAGCUCAGGAAGGUGAUGUUCGGGGUCUCACUGGACGGACCAACGCCAACGGAGUGGACCUGAACCGGAACUUCCCUGACCAGUACUUCGGUGUGGAGAACUCCCAGCCUGAGACCACGGCUGUCAUGGAGUGGGCAAAAAGAGUCCACUUCGUUCUGUCUGCCAGCCUGCAUGGGGGAAACCUGGUCGCUGACUAUCCGUUUGACGACUCACCAAAGGGCCAUGCGGUGUACAGUAAAUGUCCUGAUGAUGCCAUCUUCCAGCAGCUAGCUAAGUCAUACUCCAUGGCACAUCCCACCAUGCACAAUGGCCACCCCUGUGAUGACAUCAAACCAGACGAGUACUUUCAGGACGGCAUCACUAACGGUGCAGCCUGGUACAACGUGCCUGGUGUUAUGCAGGACUGGGUCUACCUGAACACUGAUGACUUUGAAGUUGCCAUUGAACUUGGCUGUGUGAAGUUUCCGUAUGGCAGUGACCUUCCCGAGUACUGGCAAGCAAAUAAAGAGGCUCUGGUGGAGUUCAUCAAACAAGUCCACAAGGGUGUGAAAGGGUUUGUCCUGACCACUGAUGGCAGUGGGAUCUCCGGUGCCUCCAUCACGGUCCAUGGAAUCAACCACACUGUGACAUCAGCAGCUGGGGGAGACUACUGGAGAUUGCUGGUCCCUGGAACAUACCAAAUCACAGCAACAGCAGAGGGAUAUCCAAGUGUCACACAAGAAGUGACUGUAGGGGAAGGGGAUGCCACACAGCUCAACUUCACACUGCAGACAUGGAGUGAAGAAAAUGACUACAGUCUCCCAAAUGAACCAAGCUACAGCACAAACAACGAUCUUGUUAAAAUUGUCAAGAAAUAUUCAAAAGAGCAUCGCGGUAUCAUAAAGAUAGAAGAAAUGUCAAACAAAAAUGUUGUUGAUGUCGAGAUAUUUGGCCAAUUGGCCAGGAGAAAAAGAGAUGGUGAUGACAUCACCAGGGUUCAACCACAUGUGGCUCUGAUUGGUGGACUGAAUGGGGAUGAGCCAAUAGGAAGAGAGAUCCUCACAAGGCUCAUUAGGCAUCUGGUGGAAGGUUAUGACAGAGAUGAGAGGAUAAGGGAGUUAGUAGACAACACCCACAUCCAUGUGAUGCCAGCAGUGGACCUGUCAUUCUUCAGCCAGGCGGUAGAGGGCGACUGUACAGGGGAACAGUACACAGGGACAAGGCUUCAUGACCGCUUUACACUGGACUCACAGGCAGAGAAAUAG